UAGGUCUUAGACUAGCUUUGAAACGAAACAAAAGGAAAACAAAAGUAACUUUCACAGUUCUUUUAAUUCUGCGAAGUCGGGUUAAGCAAACGAGAGGAUAGAUAGAAGAAAUUUGCGAGGAGCACAUUAGAUAUAUAAUAUAUACAACUGAGCCGCUCAAUAAACCAGAGGACACCACCAUAAUGGCUGUUAACGUUUACUCUACAAAUGUGACGUCUGAGAAUCUCUCACGCCACGACAUGCUGGCCUGGGUCAACGAUUGCCUCCAGUCGCAGUUCUCCAAAAUCGAGGAGCUCUGUACAGGUGCCGCAUACUGCCAGUUCAUGGACAUGCUGUUCCCCAAUUCAGUGCCCGUAAAGCGUGUCAAAUUUCGUACAAAUCUGGAGCACGAGUACAUACAGAACUUCAAGAUAUUGCAGGCGGGCUUCAAAAAGAUGUCUGUGGAUAAGAUCAUACCAGUUGAUAAGCUGAUUAAGGGACGCUUUCAAGACAACUUCGAGUUCCUCCAGUGGUUCAAGAAGUUUUUCGACGCCAAUUACGAUGGCCGCGAGUACGACCCGGUUGCCCAACGAGCCGGCGUCAAGCUGGGCAAUGGCAACGGACACGGAAGCAACGGAGGCAGCGGCGUGGGCAGCAGCAACAACGAUCUCCACCUGAUGCACCGAAGGCCGAUGCAGGCUCCAGCCGGAGGCGUCCGCAUGCAACCGCGGGCCAUCGCUCAGACUGCAGUCUCCAAGGUGUUGCCGCGCACGAACAACGCUGCGCCAGCGAGCAGAAUUACUGCUGGCGCCAACAACACGGGAACGGUCAAGAAGAACGACGCGGCCAACUCAGUCAACAAUCAACAGAUUGAAGAGAUGUCCAACCAGGUCAUGGAUAUGCGCAUCAACCUGGAAGGCUUGGAAAAGGAGCGCGACUUUUACUUCUCCAAGUUGCGGGACAUCGAAAUUCUUUGCCAAGAAGCUGAUGAUGGCGAGGCGCAUCCUCUGAUUCAGAAAAUAUUGGACAUCCUAUAUGCGACUGAGGAUGGCUUUGCGCCGCCAGAUGAUGCACCACCAGAGGACGAGGAGUAUUAAUUUAAAACAAGAAAAAAAUCAACCCACGAAAUUCAUUUGCUGCAUACAUAUUCAAAACAUAAGUCAAGAAGCAAGAUGAGGGGGUAAAAAUAAAGUUUAUUAGACAGGAACCAAGGAGACGUUAAGCAAACGCGGAGACUUACGAAUGCAUAUAGAGUUUAAUUCCCAAAGCCGAGAUUGACGACAGAAACGCUAAGUGAUUGAGUCGUUAUUUUUCAACCAUUAUUUUGAUUUGAACAUGCCGCUGCUCAAACGAUAGAAUACGGGGAUUAUUUUUAUAUUAUACAGAUCUUUCGAUUCAAAAUUUUUCUCGCGGCUGUUACCCUGCAACCUGCUGUUGCCGAUGAGUGUGAGCGUCAUCAUAAACUAUUGCAUAUUUAAAUUGUUUGUGUUUUAGCGGAAUAAAAAACUAUAAUCUCAUGCUGACACUUUUCAAAACUCUUUGUUGAACACACAAAGACCUAAUUAAGAAAAUUGUUUCAACAUCUCCGAUUGGUAUGAUUUAGCUCACUCUCUGUAUCAUAUGCUUUACAUAAUUAAAACAAGUUGAAUAUAUUUUUAUUUUUUGUAUAAGUCAAACUUUUCUUUGCUGACUAAUCGUUUUGAGUGUUGUAUGUAGUGGAUCUUAGGAGCCGAAUUUGUAUAAUUUGAUAAUAUAUCCAACAAACAGAUGUCAUUUAUCAAACGGUAUCUCUACUUUCAAUUUUUACUCCUGAUUGGCUUCAUAACGACAUGAUUAUAUACAAUAAGUGAUUUUUUGCUCUCCGAUUUUUUAAGUUCAAUAUUUAUGUGUAAAAACAGGUAGAACUCGUUAAAAAGUUUAAAUAAAAAGCGAACAUCUUUCUAUUUUCUAAA